GACAAAUAGCGUCCCAUCAACAACAUGGCGGCUCCGAACUAUGGCCGGUAAAUUUAUGAGUUUUUAUUCCACCAACUACGGAAGAGGAGUGGCUUCAUGACAACGUCUCCAGCUUCGCAGCUGCUGGCCGAUCUGAGUGACUUUAUCAUGGGGAGCACUGUGGCCAAAUGUGCCGUCACCGACCUCGCCAUCCAGUGGGCCGGCUGGGCAGUGGCGGCGGCGCUCAAAACCGAAAAGUUCUACGACUUGGCAGGAUCUGGCACAUUUAUACUGCUAGCCCACCUGAGCCGUCUGUGGGGAGGGGCCGCCCAUCUUCGUCAGAAUGUUCAGACUGGGCUGGUGACGGCGUGGGGGCUCAGGUUGGGCACAUUCCUCUUCAUGCGGAUCUUGAAGGACGGACAUGAUCGAAGGUUUAACAAUGUCCGAGGCAGCCCGGGCACUUUUUUUGUGUACUGGACUAUUCAAGCUGUGUGGGUGUUUGUGACCCUGCUGCCCACCCUCAUGCUCAACAGUGAAAAGCGCAACACUCCUCUGGGAAUGAGGGAUUAUGUCGGCUGGACCCUUUGGGGCAUCGGAUUUGCCACAGAAGCCAUCGCCGACCAGCAAAAAUGGAUUUUCAAAGGCGACCCAGAUAAUGUUGGUAAGUUCAUUCAGAGCGGGCUGUGGGGUUACAGCAGACACCCCAACUAUUUUGGAGAGAUACUGCAGUGGUCGGGUUUAUGGCUCUCAGCCUCAUCAGUGAUGCAAGGUCCUCAGUACAUAAGUGUGGCGUCGCCACUUUUUGUCUGGUUUUUGCUGCGCUACGUCAGCGGCAUUCCCAUUCUGGAAAGGCAGGCCUUGAAAAAGUGGGGGUCAGACCCAGGCUUCCAGGAAUACCUCAGGAACACUCCUCUACUGUGGCCAUGGCCAAAGUUUUGACAUGUUGCUGUAUGAUGAUAUAAUUCCAUGCAAAACAAUGUAAUAAAUGACAUCUCUUCUGCAAUA